UAAAGCAGAGAUGAACUGAACAUUAUGAGUGUGGUUGGUUGAACCUGAACUUCACUUGGAUUUGCUGGAAAACUAAAAUGUGUUUCACUUUUUCACCAGUCAGACGCCGCCAUCUUUGGUGACGUUGUGACGUGGUUGUCGAUGACAAAAGGCCAAAAGCAACUAAAGUAAAGCAGAAACCUUGAUGAUCUGUGAUAACAGGCAUCACUGUCUGGAGCUCUGAGCUCCUCCCUGACUCACCUGGUUGUCAUGGCGAUCUCCCCUCCCUUUCACAAUGCGUCCAUUGCAGCAUCUCAGUGAAACCUGAGCAGGUGUGGCGGCUCGUGGUCACCUGAGCCGAGCAGCUGCUGAAUGUUUGAUGGAGGCUGUCGCUGUCCCAGUCCGACCACAAGCACCUGAACAGGUAGACGCUCAGAGACAAGCACCUGAACAGGUAGACGCUCAGAGACAAGCACCUGAACAGGUAGACGCUCAGAGACAAGCACCUGAACAGGUAGACGCAUCGUCAGGCCGGGACGCUCUCAGGCUUCUACACACAGGUAAUGCUGGCAGGAUGUCUGAAGGGAGGCAGCGAACUUUGUCCACCUCUGGAGAGUCUCUGUAUCAGGUGCUGGGUCUAGAGAAAGGCUGCAGCCAUGACAACAUCAAGAAAUCCUACAGGAAGCUGGCGUUGCGCUACCAUCCUGACAAGAACCCGGACAACCCGGAGGCGGCGGAGAAGUUUAAGGAGCUGAACAGUGCUCACGCCGUUCUGUCCGACCUCACCAAGAGGAACAUCUACGACUCGUACGGCUCGUUGGGACUCUACGUCGCCCAGCAGUUCGGAGAGGACAACGUCAACACAUAUUUCAUGCUGUCCACAUGGUGGGCCAAGGGUCUGUUUGCGGUCUGUGGGAUCCUGACUGGAUGUUACUGCUGCUGCUGUCUCUGCUGCUGCUGUAACUGCUGCUGUGGGAAACUCAAGCCGUCGCCCACCGGCGAGGGGGCGGAGCCAGACUACGUCUCCCCCGACGACCUGGAAGAAGAGAUACGCAAUGACCCCGAUGAUGACGUUGAAGCUCCGAUCGUUCACCAGCCGACCAACGCCAGCGAGAAAACUCAGCUGAUCACCGACGGCAACCGCAGAUACGGAGACACCUACACAUGAAGCUGACAGGAAACGCAUCACUGCUUCAAUUGUCCAUCAGUCAUUCAACCCAGAUACAACAUCUAUCAGCUGAGUCCUGAACCUGACACCAACAAACAGCUCUGCACCAGAAUCACUAUGACUGUUUUAAAAGUGUUAUGAAUAUAAAUAAUAUUAAAGUUUCAUUUCAAAACUGAAUUUGAGUCAAUUCUUCUUGAAACAGUUUGAAAUUUAGUGAAUUCCUGUUCUUUGUUUUCUCCAGAGUCUGAUGAGAAGAUGGACAGAAAAAAUAUAGUAUCUUAUUAUGGUUUAAUAACAGGUGUUAACAAGACUAAUAUCUGGUUUAAUAACUGGCGUUAACAAGACUAAUAUCUGGUUUAAUAACCGGCGUUAACAAGACUAAUAUCUGGUUUAAUAACUGAUGUUAACAAGACUAAUAUCUGGUUUAAUAACCGGUGUUAACAAGACUAAUAUCUGGUUUAAUAACUGAUGUUAACAAGACUAAUAUCUGGUUUAAUAACCGGUGUUAACAAGACUAAUAUCUGGUUUAAUAACCGGCGUUAACAAGACUAAUAUCUGGUUUAAUAACCGGCGUUAACAAGACUAAUAUCUGGUUUAAUAACCGGCGUUAACAAGACUAAUAUCUGGUUUAAUAACCGACGUUAACAAGACUAAUAUCUGGUUUAAUAACUGGUGUUAACAAGACUAAUAUCUGGUUUAAUAACCGGCGUUAACAAGACUAAUAUCUGGUUUAAUAACUGGUGUUAACAAGACUAAUAUCUGGUUUAAUAACCGGCAUUAACAAGACUAAUAUCUGGUUUAAUAACUGAUGUUAACAAGACUAAUAUCUGGUUUAAUAACUGGUGUUAACAAGACUAAUAUCUGGUUUAAUAACUGAUGUUAACAAGACUAAUAUCUGGUUUAAUAACCGGUGUUAACAAGACUAAUAUCUGGUUUAAUAACCGGUGUUAACAAGACUAAUAUCUGGUUUAAUAACUGGUGUUAACAAGACUAAUAUCUGGUUUAAUAACCGGUGUUAACAAGACUAAUAUCUGGUUUAAUAACCGACGUUAACAAGACUAAUAUCUGGUUUAAUAACUGGUGUUAACAAGACUAAUAUCUGGUUUAAUAACUGGUGUUAACAAGACUAAUAUCUGGUUUAAUAACCGACGUUAACAAGACUAAUAUCUGGUUUAAUAACUGACGUUAACAAGACUAAUAUCUGGUUUAAUAACUGACGUUAACAAGACUAAUAUCUGGUUUAAUAACUGACGUUAACAAGACUAAUAUCUGGUUUAAUAACCGGUGUUAACAAGACUAAUAUCUGGUUUAAUAACCGGUGUUAACAAGACUAAUAUCUGGUUUAAUAACUGGUGUUAACAAGACUAAUAUCUGGUUUAAUAACUGACGUUAACAAGACUAAUAUCUGGUUUAAUAACUGACGUUAACAAGACUAAUAUCUGGUUUAAUAACCGGUGUUAACAAGACUAAUAUCUGGUUUAAUAACUGGUGUUAACAAGACUAAUAUCUGGUUUAAUAACCGGCGUUAACAAGACUAAUAUCUGGUUUAAUAACCGGUGUUAACAAGACUAAUAUCUGGUUUAAUAACCGGUGUUAACAAGACUAAUAUCUGGUUUAAUAACCGGUGUUAACAAGACUAAUAUCUGGUUUAAUAACUGGUGUUAACAAGACUAAUAUCUGGUUUAAUAACUGACGUUAACAAGACUAAUAUCUGGUUUAAUAACCGGUGUUAACAAGACUAAUAUCUGGUUUAAUAACCGGUGUUAACAAGACUAAUAUCUGGUUUAAUAACCGGUGUUAACAAGACUAAUAUCUGGUUUAAUAACUGGUGUUAACAAGACUAAUAUCUCCACAAAAACAAACAAUGAUAAAUGUCUGUAUCUUGUGUACAGAAGAUUCUUUGGAGCUCCGUAGAUUUCAUAGAUUUCACCAGAUAUCAGACUGUUCCUUUGAUGAAAUUAUAAUUACAGUGCAGCAUCCAUCCAGAGCCUUUAAAUUCAAAUAUCU